AUGGCCGAGGCUUCGGGUCGUGAAGCACCACCGCAGCAACAGGCCAGGCGAACCGACGGCGAUCCCUUCUCUGCGUUCUCCGACAACCUGCUGGGCGCCGUGCUGCUGCGCGUGGCGUGCAACGGCGUCAGAUUCGUUAGCCAGGAUCGUCCUGUGACCGACGAGGAAGAAGCCGAUGCGGCAAGGAAGAUCGACGAGGCCCUCCUUGAGCAGCUCCCCUCUGAGAGCGCGUGGCUGGCCGCAAAUCCCGAGGCUCCCGUUAGGUGUUCGUCGUCGCUGGUCUCGUUCCGCCACGCGCUCGUCUGCAAGCGCUGGUUGCGCGUCGCGCGGUUCGUACAUCCCGCCAUCGUCGUUCCGCUCGAUCGCUUCUUUUCCGCGCGCGCCCUCGCGUCUCUCCUCCGCGCGCCCGCGACCGCGGGGUUCCCCAACCUCCGCCAUCUGCACCUCGCGCCGAACGCGCUGGACACCGUCGAUUCCGCGCUCGUGCGCGCCAUCUGCGCCGGAUCUGGGCCGUCCUUAAUCCACCUCACGCUGCAGCUACACGAUGCCUGGCUGCACGUGACGCGCGCGCGACGGUUCUCUCUUCGUGGGAUUGGCGCGCAGGCGGCGGCAGUGGCGGAAGCGGCGCUAGCGGCGGGGGCGAUCUCGCCGGCCGAUGUCAUCGCCUUGUUCCGCUCUUGCACGCGAUUGGUCAGUCUCGACGUGAACUUUGGGAGAGGGAUUUCCGAGGUUCCCGCUGCCAUCAGCUGCCUGCAGCAGCUCAUGAAGCUCAGCAUGUCCUUUGACGAAGAUGUUACCACGUUACCGGCGGAGAUUGGCAGUUUGGUGCGACUGAAGCGGUUACAAAUCCGGUCGACUUCCCUCGUGCUGCCUGAUUCGUUUUGCGGGCUGUCCUCCUUGGAGCACGUCAGCUUGCGCGGCUGCGAUUUUUCCCAUCUGCCCAGCGACCUCGGGCAGCUCCAAAACCUCAAGAGCCUCACUCUCAAAACCCUGAUGCAGCUCGUCGAGCUGCCCGCCUCCAUCUGCCUCCUCUCCGCGCUUACCACGCUGCGUGACCUCGCCAUUCGAGACAGCGGUCGCCUCAAGCACCUCCCGCAGUCGCUCUCUGCCAGCCGCACGCUCGAGCGCCUCUCGCUCCACAACUGCCAAGCGCUCUCAUCCCUGCCGGACGCCAUGGGCCACAUCCCCACCCUGCAACGCCUCGACCUCAUCUUUCUCGACGCCCUCACGGCCCUUCCGGACUCCCUUGGUCGCGCCUCUCGCCUUCGCGAGCUCAAAGUCGUCAGUUGCAGCCGCCUCGUGGGUCUCCCGCGCUUGGCCUCCGCCAUGUGCUCCCUCGCCCGCCUCACUCUUGACGGUUGCGCUGCGUGGGUGCUGCCCGAGGAUUUCGGGCAGCUGUCGAAUCUUGUCCAGCUGAAGCUGUCCUGCGAGCGACUGACCGCCCUGCCCAGGUUGUUGAGCUGGCAUUGA